AUGGAGGCAAAGGUGAAAGAAGAAAUAACAGAUAAAGAUUACAACCAGCCCACGACCACUGAGAGACGGAAAUCUACCACUUCAGGAAAGGAAAGACGAUCUCCCGAGGUGGAUGAAACCAGGACGUCCCCCACUCCAGGGCCUCCGAGUCCACAAAAUAAUGGAACCACAGCUGCACUUUCCUCAACAGAAUCUCUGUCACCCCCACUACCUGAAGGCUCCCGCUCCGCGCCUGCACUCCAGCGCUUGCGUCGCUUUCUGUCAGCGCUUCAGCAGUUCGCGUCUGACGUCAGUGCGGAUACUGGGGAACGAGUUCGACAAUUGAUAUUCAACCUUGUGGCUGGAGUUGUGAAUAUCGAAGAUUUCCAAGUAGGUGUUCAAGAGUGUACAAACUACCCCCUGCGCGCGUCUGUGCCUGGCUUCCUAAGGGCCUUGCUGCCCUUAGCUCAGAGGGACUUACACGCGAGGGCAAGGAGAGCUAAACAGACACCUCUCCAGUACAUAAGAUCACACGAACACCUAAUACUGGAAUCUGGUGGGGACAGCAGCGAUAUAUUUGCGGCACAGCAGGGAACUGGGAACGAAGCGGCAGUGAAGCGGCGAGCGAGCGAUCCUUUUUACGAAGCCCAAACAAACGGCUCUCACGACGACUACCCUCCACACGCAAAGCGACCAAGCCUUUUCAACCCGUCUCCGUUCUACCCACUACCCAGCAACGCGAGCUUGUUCGACUAUCACUCUUACCAUAGCUAUCAUAACGCACAAGAAACAGGCUUCGAGAGGCGAGACGGUGGUAUCACAGUACGUGACGUGUCAUCCAUGAACGCGCCCUUCACAGAACCUCGUCCAGCUGGUCUGCUGAAGAGCGAUGAUGAGUGGAAGAACAUAAACACGAUGCUCAACUGCAUCUUGAGCAUGGUGGAGAAGACCAAGCGAGCGCUAGCUAUAUUACAGCAGAGAGGUAUAGAACCAACAGAGAGUAAUGAUAUAAAAAGGGCAGCGAGUGAAAUAAUGGCAUCAGCGGUGCGGCAGACUGAAGAGAGAGUCGCUGAGGUCAGGAGAAGAGCUGAAGAUGCCGUCAACCAGGUGAAGCGGCAGGCGCUGCUGGAGCUGCAGCGCGCGGUGUGCGCGGCGGAGGGCAAGGCGCUGGAGCUGGCGGCCGAGCGCGCCCGCCCCGAGCGCCGCCCCGAGCCGCCCGACCUCAGCCCCGGCGCCGCGCCGCCCACCAACUGCUGCUGGAACUGCGGUCGCAAGGCGCAGGAGACGUGCUCGGGCUGCAACGCGGCGCGCUACUGCGGAGCCUUCUGCCAGCACAAGGACUGGGAGAACCAUCACCAGGUAUGCAGCGGUCGUGAUCAAAAACCGACAGCAUUACUCCGCACCUCCCCUCCAACAACGACUACCCUAUCAAAAACCCCCCGCGCUACAACGCCCAUCACCACUCAAACCAUCCCUACUACAACCGACAAUCGAUUAUCCCUCACAACCCUCAACUCAGCGGAGAGGUUACUCACAACCAAUCAAGACAGAAACCUGACGUCCAACUCGGAGAGAAUCGCCCUAGCAACGCUAUCGUCAGCUCAGGGACUGAUCGGGGCGAUAGGGGGGAAAAAAUGACGCAUCAAUAGGGAUUUUUUGGGGAACUCGAUUAAAUUCCCUAGGAAGAUACGGCGGUAAAUAAUAAAUAAUUGUAGGGUCGGAUUUAGGUU